UCUUUGCUUUCCCAAACGACGUCUCAAACCCCUGAUCUAAUUACUUACGAGACUCAUCGAAUUAGAAUAUUAAACCAACACUAUUUGAUUUUGGUUAAGCAAAAGUACGGUUUAGUUUGGUUCAAUGUUUCAAUUGGGAUUUAAUUCGGUUCUCGACAAAUAAAAAUAAGUAACUAGGGUUUAAGCAGUGCUUUCCUUUUUACUUCACUUCGUCUUCUUCCUCACUCCUAAAACCCUAAAAAAAAAGUCUCUCCAUUUUUUAAUCUCCGGAGCAGUAAUCAUCAAGUUCUCCGCCUAUGAAAUUGAGAUCUCUACCAUCCAAAUCUCUUCUCUUUCGCCUCUCGUCUUCCUCCUCCACAACCCAUUCUCCCCGUCGAGCGAUAGCUUUUCUCGUCACUAACCUUCAUUCCUCUCCAUACUCCACCGCCUCCGGCUCCAACUCCGGAUCCGGAUCCAGCCAUUCUACUUCAAGACGUCCUCAGCACGACGAAGAGUCUCGAUCCGUUAGGGUUCCGGUCUGGUGGGACUUCCAAGACUGUCCUUUGCCGGUAGGAGCCAAUGUCUACAAAGUAGCACAAUCCAUCACAGCGGCUAUCAGAAACAGCGGAAUCAAAGGUCCUAUCACCAUCACUGCCUUCGGUGACGUCUUACAACUCCCCAGGUCAAGCCAAGACGCUCUCUCCGCUACUGGGAUCAGUCUCACUCAUGUUCCUAACGGUGGUAAGAACCGUACUGACAGAUCUCUGAUUACUGAUCUCAUGUGUUGGGUUUCUCAGAACCCACCACCAGCUCAUCUCUUGCUUAUCUCUAGCGACAAGGAGUUCGCGAGUGUGUUGCAUAGAUUGAGGAUGAGCAAUUACAACAUUUUGCUUGCGAGUAAGUCAUCUGCUCCUGGUGUUUUGUGUAGUGCUGCUUCGAUUAUGUGGGAUUGGGAUGCGUUGAUUAAAGGAGAGUGUGUUACUGGUAAGCAUUUCAAUCACCCUCCCGAUGGUCCUUAUAACUCUUGGUAUGGUCACUAUAGGAUUCCUCUUCUUGACCCUUUUGCUAUUGCUACCACCACUGAGCAGUCGUCUAGUGUGAAAAUUGAAGAAGUAUCCGAGUCUUGUACUAAUUCGAAUUCUGUUAAUCUUCGUCCCAUUCCGAAAGAAGUUGUUGACAAGAUUCGUAUGGUAUUGAUUUUAUGUCCCAAGGGGACACCUAUUACAGAACUAAGAGCUGAGCUGACUAAGAGCAACGUGGCUAUUGAUAAAGAUUUCUAUGGACACAAGAAAUUUUCUAGGUUUCUACUAUCUAUGCCAGAUGUCGUUAAGGUUACUGCAGCAAGUGACGGCUUGGUUAUUGUUCGUGCUGUCGCCAAGAAGACUCCUCCUACACUACUUGAUUCUAGUCCUGGCUUGGCUACUGCCGUUGAUCAGAAUAUUAAAGAGAAGGAAACUGCUAAUGCUUCGUCGCCAAGACUAGUUAGCAGUGUAGAUCUUGCUGCUGAAAAAAGAAGAGAUGACUCACUUGGAAAGAAGCUUGAAAGCGGAACGGAGAAUGGUAAGCAUGUCAAAGAGAAAGCACCAGAGAGUUUCCACGAGCCCAUUCUGGUGAGCACGAAAGACGUAAAGUCAAAUGACAAACCCGUGGAGACGAAUCAAGUCGCUCUUAUUGUGGGGAGUGAAUCUUCCAUGGAAGACGGCUUUUUUCAGAAGCUAAAAAGACUAUGGUAUGGUUCAUCUGAGAUGAAAUCAGAGCAUCUCCUAGAAGAUAAAAGUGUUUCUGGAAGUGGAAACAAAGACAAAGGGGAUAAGGACUUAAAGUCAUCAAGUCAGGGAACUGAUUCCAUGUCUGAAAGCUCACAUCCUUUCGUUGCUGAGUCCGUGGAGGAGGUAAAACUAGGAACUAAUGAAGUAGGCAGUAAAGAUAAAGAUGCAAGUCCAGGCUUUUUUGGUCGCCUUUUCAAGAGUUUCAAGUUUUGGGGAGAGAGCCCGGUGUCUAGCAAAGAUUUUACUGGGAAUCAGGAGCUGGUCACUGCUGAGUCUCAAGUACACGACAUGUUUGCGAAAGAGUCUUUUUGGAGUGAUGUCGAAUCUUUCAUUAAUUCUCCAAGAGGCUUUGCUAUAGUAUCUCACUCAAGGACAAGGGAGGUGAUGGCUAAAAAUCUGCAGGAGGAAGGGCCUUCGUGUCUCAGACAGCUUGAUGAAUCAAGCAUGCUUCAUCUAGUUACCUUAUUAAUAUCACAUAAGAAAUUGAUUGAGGAAGACCCCUCUUCUUCUCUACCAUUCAGAAUCAUCAAAGGAUCUACCCCUGGCCACCGUCAUGCUUCGAACGGUUUGAGCUCAAUAUUCUCGGAUAGUUCAAAAUCGCAGUGGCAGAAACAAGAUGGUGUGAAAAGAGGUAAGAACGUUGCUCAUGCUGAAGUUUCUGUUGGUUCUAUGGACCAAAAGCAGCUGGAAAGAUACAAAAGUAAUGCAGUUGCGGAUUGUCAGAAGCUGUUAAAGAAGAUAACAGUGGAAAAGCCUGAAGGGUAUAACCUGAUUCGUUUCAGGAAAGACUUCUUAGAGGAAUACGGGUACCAUUUAGCUGUUGACAAGCUCGGUCACGAAAGCCUACAGUCUUUGAUUCAAGUAAUGCCUGGAGUGAGAAUAACAUCUGGGUACAUUCUUCCUUCAGCUCCUUCACCAAAUGCCAAGUCAAAAGAAGAUCAUUCGGACUUUUUAUUCGAAGAACUCGGUCCAGUUUCUGAAGCAACAACCAACCACCUGACGAGCAAAAAGCUUCCAGUGUAUGAACCAUCUCUCUCAGAUGAUGAAGAAGACUCUGGUCCAGAGAGAGAUAACCAGGAGAAGAAGAAACAAGAGAUGAUGAAUAGAGAAGGUAAAGAGAGCUCGUUAUUGCAAAUCCUGGAUUCUUAUUACACAAACAAAGAUGAGGAAUUUAAGGAGAAAUCAGAGGAGAGAAAGCUUGUAAGCAGCAGUAGAAAGCAAAAGCCUCCAAAGACAUAUUCUUUUGUUAAAGAUUCAGAAGUCUAGCGAAUCAGAGAGCAUUGUAGUUAAGAAUCUCCCCAGAACAAAAAAAAGAGAGUUGUAAUUAGUAGUAGAAGCAUGUUUUAGAUUUGGUCUAUGGUAAACCGAAUCCGGUUGGGUCGAAAUAAAAUCAGAUUUGUUCAAACUCUCAAACUACAGUUUAGUAGCAGAUCGCAUUGCAUAAA